AAUGCCGGGCUUUCCGGCCCAUACCACUCAUCGUCACGCCAUUUCACCGCUUCCCUUUCCUGACCCCACCAACUCGCCAUCCUCCCUCCGCCGCCGCCGACCACCGCCGCAGCCGCCGCCAUGGACGAAACCCUCGCCGCCGUCCUCUCCUACCUCCCGCCUCCCACCUUCUCCACCGCGAACUCUCACCCUUCUUCUCCCUCCGCCGCCGACGCGGCCGCCGUCUUCUCGCUGGACGAAGAGGACCGCAUCAGCCGGCUCCCCGACGCGCUCCUCCGCAGGGUCGUCUCGCGCCUCCCCACCAAGGACGCCGCCCGCACCGCCGCGAUCUCCUCCCGCUGGCGCCGCGUCUGGGCCUCCAUCCCUCUCCACCUCGACGACGGCGGCCUCGCUCCGGGCGACGUCACCGCGGCGCUCGCCGCCCACCCGGGCCCAGUCGCCUCGGCGCGCCUCGCCUCCGCGCACCUGGCAACCGUGGAUCCCGACGUCGUCGCGUCCUGGUUCGCCUCCCUCGCCGCCAAGGAGGUCGGUGAACUCGCCGUCGUGAACGGAUCAUGGCCCAUCGAGUGGCGUCCCCCACCCGAUCUCCUCGGCUGCGCCUCCCUCCGCCGCCUCUGGCUCGGCCUCUGCCAGUUCCCGGACACAGCCGGCCUCCCUCCAGCCUUCGCCAACCUGCAGGAGAUCGUUGUUGUCCACUCCUCCAUGCAGGACCGCGAGCUUCACGCCGUGCUCCCCCGCUGCCCCGAGCUCGAGAGCCUCGCGCUCGUGCUUACACAGGACUACCCAAGAUACGUCCAUAUCUGGUCGGGGAGCCUCCGGUGCGUGGUGCUAUGGAUGUCCAUGGUCAGAGAGGUGCACCUCGAUGAUGCCCCCAACAUGGAGCGGCUGCUUCUGGAGCCGAUCGCCGGAGCAUCCACGCACGUCAAGAUCAUCAAUGCGCCAAGGCUAAAGGUUCUUGGGUACUUCGAUGUCGGUCUGCACCAGCUCAAGAUCGGUUCUACUGUCAUCAAGGAUGGGAUAAAGGUGAAGCCAAGUGCAAUGGUUCGGACCCUCAGGACAUUGGCGUUGAAGGUGCAGUUUGGUGUCGAGGAGCAAGUGAAACUGGUGCCCCUGUUGCUUAGAUGCUUCCCAUGCUUAGAAACAUUGUAUAUCAUGUCAGUUCCUUCUGAGACACCAGUUAAUGUUGGAGUGGAGUUCUGGGAUCUAGUAGGCUACACGGAAUGUGUCCAUUCACAUCUGAGGAAGUUUGUGUUUCAAGCUGCUCGAGGCAAAGACAGUGAGCUGGCAUUUGUAAAGUUUGUAAUGGGAAGAGCCCAAAUGUUGGAGCAGAUGCUUAUUUUUGUGGAUGAUGGUUCCUCUAGAGUUGUCGUGCUGAGUCAUUUGUCUUCAGAAGGGUGUGUGUCUGCAGAUGCUACAGUGGUUGUGGAGAGUCAUGACAAGUCUUAUCCUUGGAAUUUCCAUAGAGCCAGCAACAUGUUGCAGAGUGACCCAUUUGCUUGCUCGUCUUGCUGCCGAAGCUGUUGUGGCUGCGGCAGUUGUAAUCAAUAAACACUUCAUUUCUGCUGAAGUCAAUCUUGGUUACAUUUAUAAUCUAAGCUCCACCUAUGGCAUUCCAUGCUGAUCUGUGGAUAAACCUGCCUCCUUGCAUUGAAUGGUUGAGCCUUUUGAUUUCAAAAACUGUUCUUUCCAUGGUACUGACGUGUGAUAUGAUCAAACUUUAUUUGUUGUGACCAUCAAGAUAUGAGAGGGAGAUAUAUUAACAGUAACUUUUAUAUCGUGCAGAAUGUAGAUCUUACUUGCACCUUUUAUACUUCUGUAGUAUGCAGUAGCUUUUGUUGGUUCCUAGUAUACCUUGGGAAAAUUGGCUCUAUCUUGUUGCUGCAAUUUUUUGUUACUGCUGCAAGCAGCAAGAAAAUGAUGUACCUACAUCCAUGAUCUUGCAUUUAAGAAUUAGAUGGCUAGACCACUUUUGACUGUCAUCAGAAUAUACAAUAUUGAAUGUCCAACCAAAGUUUUGUUCUAAUAAUAUUAUUCAGCAACGUAAGCAAUCCACGUGAACAACAUACCAGAAAUCCAACUGUGUUGAUAACGCCCUACUGUUCGCACCUGUGGCUGUGUGCUGCAAACUAUUACAUUUAAUCAGCUGCUGGUCAGUAUGCUGUUCUGCUGAUUUUUUGUAGUCUCAAUCAACCCAUGUUGGGUGUUGGCCAGAUGGAUCGGUGCAUUCUGCAUUGCAGGGCACUCUUCAAUGAUGUUUAUGCAUUGCUUCUGUAAGAGUGUAUAUAUGUUUUUUUGGGCAUUUGCUAAGUUCAUUUGCACUUCAAGCUGAAUAUGAUGUGAGGCAUCUGACUUCUGAUGGAUUCACUUAGUUAUGAUUCAGACGAGUAUAGUAUCUGGGUAAUCGGGGCAGAACAUUGAGUAUAGUGUUUCUUUGUACUUGACCUGGAUAUGAUUGAAGGAUAAUUUUUUUAGAUAAAACCUGGCCUUUACAUGAUUGAAAGUUCAUUAUAUUUUUGGAUUGAUGAGCUAUUGAAUCAACUAAUUUCUGAUUGUACUAUCAGGCAAUAGUGCAUCAAACCAUCUCAAUUUUAAUAUUUAAUUGUUUCCCUUGGUAGCUGAAUUACUUCCUUUUGAAGAAGCAUAAUAGUUUAGCCAUUUCUAAUAUGGCUUGGAUUUAUUAUUUUGUUGAUUUGUUUUACAGGUGUACCAUGUCUUCUGAUUUUCCAUAGAAGGCUACCAUCGCAAGAAUUAAACGUUGCCCGUCAGAAUUCGGAAAGACUGCGACCAGCCAGAGUCAGGCCGUGAUCCAAGGAAUGGAAGAGCAUGUUUAUCAUAGUUUGUACAGUUUAUGCUUUGGUUCUGCUACCUUGUACAACUAAAUGGAUUAAAUCUUGCUAGCUCCAUUCGUAGUUGUUGACGUCGAAUUGCUCUCCUUAUAAUCAAUUAAGCAUUAUAAAA